AUGGCAGACGUUAUCAACGCAAACCCUACCGUAUUGGAUGCAAGCUUGCUGCCAACACGACACGGUACAAUAGUGGAGAAGGACGAACAAUUAGUGGUGCAUCAGGAACUCACCGAGCUUUCUCUGGAUGGAAUCACCUAUACGGAUAGCGAGGGCGAAUCCGAAGACGAGGGAUUUGAUGCUCAGGAGAUUUAUGACUUGAUCUCGACAAUUUCUGAUCCCGAACAUCCGCUCACACUUGGGCAGCUGGCCGUUGUGAAUCUCUCAGACAUCAAGGUUAUCGAUCCCCAGAAUAAGAAUGAGAUAGGAGAAGUGAUUGUCCGCAUCACACCGACAAUCACGCACUGCUCUUUAGCCACCCUCAUUGGUCUCGGAAUUAGAGUCAGAUUGGAGCGCUGUUUGCCUCCAAGAUUCAGGAUACUGGUUUUGCUGAAGGAAGGCAGCCACCAGAGCGAGAAUCAGGUGAAUAAGCAGCUGAAUGACAAAGAAAGGGUUAGUGCUGCCUGUGAAAAUGACCAGCUUCUUAAGGUGAUUAGCCACAUGCUAGCAACCUGCGCAUGA